UUGGCGGCGGCAGUGACUCAGGGAUGUCACGUCGCCGUGGCGGCCAUCUGGGCUCACAGGGACGACGCGCACACGGUGCGAUACUGCGGGCCGGAGAACAUCGAUUCUAUGCACAAGUUGCGGAUCGAUUCAAGGAGGACGAUCGGAGAUGCAGAUGUGGAUCUGAGAUGCUGUUGCGCCAGCUCAUCGAAAAACAUCACUGAUCUCGCCUACAAGAGAUUCUCACUCUCAUCAAGUGACCAAACUUGCGCGCAUCUGCGGGAGAUUCAGAGAUUGACGUGGUGGUGA